GGUUUAACCGUGGCAAGGGCGAAGAACUCUCACAAACUUUCAUAAAAAUGGGUAGAAAAGAUGCAGCAGGGAUACAUGGAAGUCCUGUGGAUCAGUAUAGAAAACAGAUAGGAAAGCAGGACUAUAAGAAAGCAAAGAAAAGUUUAAAGUCAACAAAAGCUGCUCAUGAUUUAAAGAAGUCGUCCACCCCAGUGAAGGACACAGUUCUCAUAGUUUUAACAGGACUUUGUGCAGUGGUGGGAUUGUAUUUUAUACUGUACUGGUACCUCAACAAGGAAGCAGUAUUAGAUGAUGUUUGAAGAUGAGGCCGGGCUACAGAAACAUUAAAAUAUGCAACGAUAUAUCUACUUACUGAAAGUUGACCGAAAGUUGUUGAGAAUCAUAUAUUGAACAAGUUUGGUAUGGGUAAAUAAGUAUUUCAUGGAAAUGUGAUAUGACAGAGAUGUGCAACCUGUGAAGUUUGUUAUAAAAACUUAUAAAUAAUGAAAUUUGGUAAGCAAUUCAAAGUUGCUGUAAGAAGGUGUAUACUCAACAGCUGUGGUAUGGGGUAUAUAUGUGUAAUAAUGAAUAGUUGAUGUGACAGAAAUUUGCUGAAAGUGGAAUAAGUUGUAAUAUAUCGGCUAACUACAGUUGACAGCUUCACUGUGGAAGUUGACAGCUUCACUAUGGAAAGGCAUAAAGAUGUUAUAAAUAUGGAAACAGUAAAAUAUCAGCUUGAUGAAAGUUGAAAGGAACUUGCUGUAGAACGACAGUGCUGAAGAAGGGGUCAAUAAUGGGUAUUUUUAUGUGACUCCUUUUAUAAAUCACUGGCCCAUAGGUUGUGCUAUAUGACAUCUAUAUUCACCACAUGUGAGCUGCCCCAUGAGAAAACCAACAUAGUGCAUUUGCGACCAGCAUGGAUCCAGACCAGUCUGCGCAGUCUGGUCAGGAUCCAUGCUGUUUGCUUUCAAAGCCUAUUGCAUUUAGAGAAACCAUUAGCACACAGCAUGGAUCCUGAUCUGUGCAGUCUGGUCUGGAUCCAUGCUGGUCGCAAACGCACUAUGUUGGUUUUCUCAUGGUGCAGCUCACAUGUUUAAUGGGCUACUAAGUCGAAAAGUUAAGAAUAAAACUGCAAAAAUAGAUUUUUUCUGAGAUCAUGCAAUAAAACACUUAAUGGCUAGCCAGUCAAUAGUCAAAACUAUUGGCCGUUGGUACAGUGGGCAGUAAUGGUUACUGGUACAUGUAUGUGAUAUUGCUCAAAUAUGGUACUGGGGGUCAAUAAUGGUUACUGGUAUGUGAUAUGAAAGAUUUAUGCAAAUAUUUUUACUUGUGUUAUGUUUUCUACUUGAUGAAAACUGAAUAGAAGAUUUAGUGAAAUAAAAAAAAGGUUGUAUAUUGUAUAUAUAAUAAAUAGAGGCUGUUACAUGAGUGUCUUUUCAUAUUGAAUUCAUCAGGCGAGUUGAAUAAAGUAAUAAAAUACAAGGCACUGCUGAGCAUUUUAUCAUUUUAUUCAACAAGUUUAAUAAAUUCAGUGCGGAAAUGUAAUAUUCUUUUUAUCACAUCAAAAUUUCUUCCUUCUUUACCUUUUAUAGAACAAGUCUAUUCGACAGACAUACAAUACUUUAAGUAAAAUCAGCAUCAAAGCUUUAUUACACUAGUGUCAAACCAAAAUUAUGUAAUGGCUUUAUUUCACUUCCACGACUUUAAACAUGUGAUAGGUAGACUAGCUUUAUUAUCUGGUAGUACAAAAUGAACAAAGGAGAUUUUUUUUCUGUUGCAUGUUCAUGUGAUAGCCUGUACAUGCAUAUUCUGUAGAUAUUGCCUGUGCUAACAAAGACUACAUUGGCAUAUAAAGAUAAAUAGAUACAAAUGCAAUGGAAAAAGUGUCUAUCAUGUCAAUUUAUUCAAUUGUAAUAAUGUUAUUCAUUUUGUAUGAUGUAACUUUUUCAAAUGUUUAUGUGUAGCAUAAGAUGUAGGUAUAUUAAAUUGUUUCUUAAUGUUUUUGUUUAAAAAACAUCAUGCUUGUGACAUCUCUGUUAGUCCCAGCUUGUGUAAUUAUUUCUCUCUGCAUAAUUUGAGCCACACCAUGAGAAAACCAACAUAGUGCAUUUGCGACCAGCAUGGAGCCAGACCAGCCUGCGCAUCCGCACAGUUUAGUCAGGAUACAUGCUGUUCGCUAAUGGAUUCUCUAAUUGCAAUAGGCUUUGAAAGCAACCAGCAUGGGUCCUGAUCAGACUGCAUGGAUGCGCAGGCUGGUCUGGAUCCAUGCUGGUCACAAAUGCACUAUAUUGGUUUUCUCAUAGUGACGCUCAUAUAUUUCUCAUAUCUGUGUAAGAAUGAUUUUGCUUACAUUAUAUCAGCAUAUGUCUAACCAUUACCCUGCUAAAUUUCUAUAAUGAACUUGUCCAUCUUUCGAUUUGGACAGUACCAUUGACUGUUAAAAUGGGUGCUUACCAAAAAGACACUGAUGGAAUGGCCAACAGUGCAGAUCUUGAUCAGACUGCACAGAUGUGCAGGCUGAUCAAGAUCUACACUGGUCGCAAAGGCAGAAUCAGUUGUGUCCAGCAUGAUAAGGGUUAAUGAUGGAAGUAAUCUGUACAGCCUGAAAAAUUUUACUAGCUCUUUUUUUCAUGUAUCAUCAAAUCAUUAAUAUUUGUGGGGGAAUACUUUUCAUGAUUUUGUAAUUGCAUGAAUCAGUGAUAUUAAAUCUCUUUAACCCUUAGCCUGCUUGCGGCAAGUGUUUCUGCCUUGCAUCCAGUGCAGACCAGGAUCAGCCUACACAUCCGAUAUUUUCUUCAGAUGUAUAAAUUCUUCAUCAAAUGAAUUUAACUUCACUAAACAUAUAAAUUAAGUUUGCA